CCAGCCCAAAUUGAGGGAGAGGGAGAGACCGACUACGUAUCAUGUUGGGCCUUAUGGGUUAUAAAAGUGCCCUCACGCGGGAGAGACUCACCCCACGCGGCCACGCCACUCUUUCUCGUAGGCCCGCCCUACCCCAAGUCCCCAACCCCGACCUCGCGAUGGCCGGCGACGGCGAUUCCGACACAUACCUGAAGCGCAUCCAGGCGGAGACCCUCCGUAACGAGCACAAGCGCGUGUGUAUUGACCAAGAGUUCCACAGUCCCGCCGGCUCUCCAGCGUCCUCUUCGCCUGAAACCGGAUAAGAUCACCCCCACCUCCCUGCCAUUGCUUAUUGCCUUGAAGAAAUAACCUUUUUUUUUAAGGUGCAAAGACACAAAUUUUGUCGAGAGCUGCAAACGCAACCGCUGUUUCCUUUUAGUUUGUGAACUAGUAGUUCAGUUAACAGCGAGAUAGCACGCUCAAGCGUGAAGUUUAAGUGUGCCUGAAGCUUAAGUGUGUCCAUGGGAAAACAAGUACUACUCCCUAUGUAAAGUUGUAAACUAAUAUAAGAUCUUUUACUCCCUCUGUAAACUAGUAUAAGAUCUUCUAGAUCCCUCUGUAAACUAAUGUAAGAUCUUUUAGAUCACUACUUUAGUGAUCUACUCCAGAUAUUGUAUUAUACAGUAUUAAUUUACAGAGGGGGUACUUAUUGGGGCUACUAGUAUGGAUCUGUCUAAGUUUGAGCUGAAUGACACACCUCAUAUGCUUGAAUCAGCCGACAUGUAUGCCCAUCUUCAGUUUGCCCUUCCUUUAUAAAUUAACACUGUAUUUUGUAUGCUGAAAUGAUGGGCACUUGUUAUAACCCAUAUGGCUGAACUAACCACAAUAGUCACUGACACAGUAUCAUUUUGUCUAGGGUUGAGGAGCAUGCCGGCAAGGUGAGCAGCAGUGAGCUUGGGUGUACAAGCACGGAUCUGGCUAAUUUUGAGACCCUGACGCUGAACGAUACACCUCACACACUUGAAUCAGCCGACAGGGUGGUAAUGCAUGCUGACGCAGUCGAUGGUGCCAUUCUUGAUUCCACACUUGCGGAGCCACCAGCGCACGAGAAAGAAAAACCAAGGCGGGAGAUACCACGAAAAUAUUGGCCACCCAAAUAUGAAGGUGAUAUAAAAUUUGCAGAAGAACAAGCUCGAAAACAAGCUGAAUCAAUUCAAGAACGAGGACAUUAUACUUCUUCUAAGGAAGAACUUGCUCAAAAUGCGAAUAGAUGGAUGACCGAGGAGGCGAUGGUGGCUUUCAGAAAAUACAUCGAGAGUGAAGAUGAUCUUAAGGGAGUUGAGUAUGAAUUUGAUGAACUUCUCCAUCAAUGUUUUAAUGUGGAGCAUUAUUUAAAGACAUGUCAUCACUUCACCUUUACUGUCAAGAUAAAGAAGCAUGGCUCAGCCGAUUGGACAUCAGUGAUGUACUUCACUGAGGUCCGCGGAAUAUUUAUGAUAAAGGAUUAUUUCUGUUAUCCUUUAGACCCGGAUGAAAAUGGUCAAUGUUAUGCAUGUCAGAACCAAGGAAUGCAUGAGUUAAGGCACCCAUCAGUAGGGAUAUUUGACUGCGGCAAGGAAGAUGCAUCAUUUCCCUACUAUUGUGAGGAAAGUGACUCUGAUGAAUAUCAUCCAAAAAUGGAAUGGAGUGAAUCUGAUGAUGAUAUGAGUUGAUGGCAUUGUCCAUCAUUCUUGUAGGAGUGCAUCCGAAAAAUGGUCACUUGCCGCACAGCAAUGGUUUAUCAGGGUUCACCCCUAGCUCCAGCAGUAUCAUCCAUGGCUGGCUGGGACCUUUUCUAUUUUUGGGUUCUAUGUAGAGAGACUGGCUGGACAUGGGAUGUGCUAUUAUGUAUUGUUGGUUAUAAUGCCACACUGGUGUUUGCUCUGAUGCAGCCGGUUUGUUUAAGUUCUUGGUUUCGCACCUGGUGAACUGUAAGUUUGCAUGUACUUUUUUUUGAGUUGGUGUUUUCAUGUACUUGGAAGUUGGAACUGAUGAACAUCAUCUGACUCAGA